CCAAUAAGAAAAUUGGAAAUCCGCCUGUUGAACAAUGUUUGGUAUUUGAGGAUGCAAUUAAUGGAAUCAAAGCAGCAAAAAAUGCAGGAAUGAAUGUUGUUUGGGUAGCACAUAAAGGAUUGGCAGCAGUAUGUCCAGGUGAUAAUGGAGCGGAUGAAAAGAUGUUUUCACUGGAAGACUUUAAUCCAGAGAAAUAUGGAUUACCACCUUUUGAUGACAGUUUAUGA